GAGAGCACUCAUAUCCCACCACCAAAUACUUCCCCUGCACCGGAACAGAAUGGGGAAACGUCAACGAAACCAAGAAGAUGGGGACGAGGAUAUCGAAGCUGUACCUAUCACUAGACAAGAUCCCCCAACAAAAAAACCACGCAAAGAAACCAAUGCUUCCGCACAGCGAACUCUGUUUGUGCGGUCUCUGCCCGCAAUUGCAACAAGCGAUGCCUUGACCGAACUGUUCUCCCAAAACUACCCCCUCAAGCACGCAACUGUUGUCCUGGAUCCGGAAACCAAACAAUCGAAAGGUUAUGGAUUUGUUACAUUGGCAGACGCAGAGGAUGCGCAGAGAGCUCUUGACGAGUUCAACGGGCAGACUUUCUUGGGCAGGAAGAUGAAAAUCGAGAUUGCGCAGCCACGUUCAAGAGAGAUGAGCAAGGGAGAAGGAUUAAAGGGCAAGCGGAAGAGUACGAUAUCUGCAGAAGCUGCUGCGAUCAAGAAGGCUCGAUUGGACAAAAUGGCAGAAGACAAGAAACCCCCAAAGUUGAUUAUUCGCAAUCUGCCAUGGAGUGUUAAUACGCCAGAGAAGCUUGCUGCUCUUUUCCAAGGUUUUGGCAAGGUCAAAUUCUCUGUGCUGCCGAAGAACAAGGAUACACAGGCUGGUUUCGGAUUCAUUACAAUGCGGGGCAAGAAGAAUGCUGAGAAGGCCCUGGCUACGAUUAAUGGCACAUUGAUUGAUGGGAGAAUGGUGGCUGUGGAUUGGGCUGUUGACAAGGACGUUUGGGAAACUCAAAAUAAGUCCACUAAGGCGGAAGACACUGAUGAAGAAGAGGGCGGGGUCAAAUUGGCUGAGAAAAAGAAGAAGCCAGCCAAGAAAGCUGCAGAGAAGAAGUCAGCAGAGGAGUCAGAUGGAGAGGAUGACGUCGCAAAUUUCUUCAAGAACUUUGGUGAUCAAUUGGAAUCCGAGGAUGAAGAUGACGAGGAUCCUAAAGAGGACGAUGACGAAGACGCGGAGUCAGACGAGGAGGUAAAGGACGAGGACGAGGUCUGGGAAGAUGAUGCUGAAGAAGAGUCCGAGGAGGAAAUCGAGGAAGAAAAGCCAAAGAAGGUUCUCAUUACAGACAACUCCACCACACUCUUCAUCCGGAACCUCCCCUUCACAACCCACGACAACGACCUGAAAGAGCAUUUCUCCCAAUUUGGCCCUGUCCGCUACGCCCGCGUAGUAAUGGACCGCCAGACCGACCGUCCCAAAGGUGCAGGCUUCGUCUGCUUCUUCAACGUCCAAGACGCCGACUCUUGUUUCCGGGGCGCCCCAAAACACCAACUUACAGGCGCCAACGCCAUCACCAAAGUCUCGCACUCUGUGCUCCAAAAUGACGAAGCUGACACCAGCGGCAUGUACACCAUCGACGGGCGCACCUUGCAAGUGUCUAAAGCCGUCGAGAAAGAAACCGCUGUCAAGCUCACAGACGAUGGCACAAACUAUCGCACCGAGCGCGACAAAGACAAGCGCAAGCUUUACCUCCUCUCCGAAGGUACCGUCACGGCCGGCACACCUUUAUACGAAGCGCUCGCGCCCUCCGAGAUCAAAAUGCGCGAAGACUCCGCCAUGCAGCGCAAAAAGCUCAUCCAGAACAACCCAACCCUGCAUCUCUCCCUCACCCGUCUCUCCCUCCGCAACCUCCCCAAAAACAUCAACUCGAAAGACCUGAAAGCCCUCGCGCGUGAGGCCGUCGUCGGUUUCGCUACAGAUGUCAAAUCCGGUCUACGUGCUCAACUCUCCAAAGAAGAAGAAGCCCGUGGCGGUGACGAAAUGCGUGAAGCUGAGAAACAGCGCAAAGCAAAAGGAAAGGGUAUAGUCCGCCAAGCCAAGAUUGUAUUUGAAGGUCGCGAGGGGGCGAAAGUCUCAGAGGAGUCCGGCGCAGGUAAAUCUCGCGGGUACGGAUUCGUGGAGUAUAGUUCUCACCGCUGGGCUCUGAUGGGUUUACGGUGGUUGAACGGCCAUGCCGUAGAGAAUACAUCUACAGGCAAGAAACAGAGAUUGAUUGUUGAGUUUGCGAUUGAGAAUGCGCAGGUUGUUCAGCGAAGGAAAGAGAAAGAGGAGAAAGCUAGGCUGAGAUCUAAGGAAGUCAUGGAGUUGAGAGCGAAGGGCGAAGCUCCUGAGAAAGAGAAGAAGGUCCUCAAGAAGGACGAAGUCAUGAAGAAGACGCGCGUGGGCAUGAAAGGCAAGCUUGGACGUCCUGGUUUUGGCGGGAAGAAGGGCAAAAGAGGAGAGGAUGAUGGGAGGCCGCAGAAGAGUUUUGAUAAAGUGGAUGUCGGGGCCGCGAAGAGGAAGAGAGAUGAUGCGGAGGGGGCAGCGGGAAAGGGAAAGAAGGGGAAAGGCGAGCCGCAGGAGAAGAAGUUUAAGCCUGGGUUUCCGCCUGGUGAGGAGGGGAGGCUGCAGAGGAGGGAGCAGAUUAUUCAGAAGAAGAGGAUGAUGAGGAGGAAGAGAAAGGGUGGUGCUUGAGAGGUUUCUUUUGUUGUGGUGUGGUGGCUAUGUACCUAUGAGACUAGAAGAUACCAUUGCUGUAAUCUGAGCAGUUCAUUGACUUCUAUACUCCCGUCCAUACCUUCCAGCUAUUGGAGUGACUCCUUUCAUCCUUUAUCAUCCGACAUCAGCGAUUUCAUUCUAAGCCAUGCCAGAUUUCUCUCACUGCUGUCCAAUCACGCAGGAUCUCACUCUAAAUUGCACAAAUCUCACCUUGGAAGCAAUCUGCAAUAUACUACAACUACUCUCCUCACCCUCAAGCUAAUCACGCUCGUAUACUUACACCAGCCCAACGAACUCGAAACUACCUCCAUAAAAUACAUACAUCCCCGAAUAGGAAAUCAAAUUUCCAACCUCUAAAUUCCAACCUAACCUACAGACUCCAAAAUCCACCAAGAUACUUAAAUUAGGUUAAUC